UUAGCCAUGCUCAGUAUCGUUUCACACUUCAGAUAUCCAUUCAUCUUAGUAGCACCUGGAAGGCCUACUUAUUUUUGUAUUUUUGGGGGGUACUUUUUAUCGGAUCAUCCUUGUUGGUUUCAGCACAAAUAAUUAAAUUAUCAAAACAUUUCAGACAUUUAACGAAAAGUAGGAAUGACAAUGCUAAUAUUGCUGUUAAGCUGGAGUUGUAUUGAUAUUUAUGGGUUGAGUUUCCGCCUUCCUUGAAACAAUAAACGUUUGGGAACAAGUCAAAGUGUCUAGUUCCCUGCAGGAACUCAGAGGGAUUUUCAUGGCAUGAAUGAAAAAAGGGGUCUACUCAGGAAUCACUGUUGCCUUAGAAUGCAAGUCCAGUGUCAUGUUGGAGCCCUGGCCUCACAGUUCUGCCUAGUUUAUGGUAGCAUUUUGGCAGGUGAGGUGAACUAAGGUGUAAUAUUUUAGCACAAGUUAAUUGGCCUAGUUUCCAGCGGUACUGUUGUUCGGUACAUUAACAGGUUACAGCCAUACCACUGGACUUGCCUCUGUCUCGGCACGGUGAGAGUCCUCAAAACCAGGUUUCUUCUUUUGAAGAUUGCGCACAAGGCCUGGCUGCCGAUAUAUACUUUCUUGUGGAUUCGUCCUGGAGCAUGGGACAAGAGAACUUUGAGCACGUCCGACAGUUUCUGUACAGCGUGGUUAAAGCACUACACGAGGGUGGCGGUGGCAGAUUUCAGUUCGCCCUCGUCCAGUACAGCGGCUCGCCCAAAACUGAGUUCCAAUUGAACACAUACCCAUCUCCGCUGGGGGCCCUGGCCCAUAUCCGGGCCAUGGCGUACCGGGGGGGUGGCACCCGGACGGGUCUGGGCUUGGACUUUCUCAUCCGGGCCCACCUGAACGCAGCGGCUGGUAGCCGCGCUGGCGUUGGUGUGGCCCAGGCGGUGGUGAUCCUGACAGACGGGCGCUCCCAGGAUGACGUGGCUGAGCCGGCGCAGGUGCUGCGGCUAGCAGGGGUGAGCAUGUUUGCGGUGGGGGUGCAGGACGCCGUGGACUGGGAGCUCAGGGAGAUGGCUAGUGUGCCACAGGACAUACACAUAUUCAGCGUAGACUCUUUCCAGGCCCUGAAGGGUAUUAUCCAGGACUUAGUGGUGGGCUUGUGCGGCGCAGUCACUCAGGCCGGGGGCGCCCCGAUGGCUGUCGAAGCCAAAGAAGUGCCUCGAGACGUGACAGGUAAUAACAGGGGGCCUGUGUCACUACCAUACUAAUGCCCACAUCAUCAUAAGAGAAGAAAGUAGCUACACAUGUGUGGCCAUGUCUGGAUCGAGUCCUCUAUUAACACAAUUAAGGGGUAUUUUACACGAUAACCCUCAUUUAUCAUCCACUGUCCGGCACCCAUUAACAUCACUGUUUCUCAUCAUAUUUUAUUUGCCCGUAACACUUUAAGAUCACCACCCAGGUUUGCAUGUGAUUGACACUGAAUGCUUCUCAGAAGAGGGCUUCUGAUGGCUGCUAUGUCUCUUCCAAGCCAGAUUGACCAAAUUUAUAAAGCUUGCGCAUGAACUGAGAACAUGCCAUCUCAGUCAAUGGGAAUAUCCAUUGCUUAUUUGAUAUGGUAAAGACAUAUCGCUCUUCGUUUGCCAGUUUAGUUUGUUACAACAACAUUGACUAUGUAACAGUUACAAGCAGGAUAUUCAAACAAUUCAACGUUCGUGACAGACUGCUACAGAAGGAUUAUCAUCUAUUUACAUGACACAGUAACAGGAUAUUCAAUUAUAUAAUCUCUUUUUUCUCUAUAAUCAAAUAAAGACAGAUAUGCAAAACACCUUCAGUCCAUUAUAUUUGCCCUACAAAAAUCACAAAUGCUUUUGUCUGAUUUUAAACAAAUCUCCAAGUAUCAGCGCCUUAUAGCUUAGAUCUUUGAAAAAGCGAAUCAAUAGCGGUGACAAGCUGUUCCAAUACGGCCUCCCGAAACACGGCGCAGCUUUUAACAAUGGCUAACCACCCACCCACUGCUUGUGUGUCUUGUUAAUGUUUGUUUUGUGUUUAGGCUAUGUUUUAUCAGUAACUGUCAAAUAUGUGCUUACUAUUCUACAACUGAAACAGUGAUGAACCUGCCCUGGACUCAUCCUUGACUUGCAGCAGAGCCUAGAUCGAGAGAUUUAAAAGAUAACAGCUUAGCACAAUGUAUGAAACAAAUGUUAUAGAAUAGUUAUUUAUUCUCUUGAUUAGUGGUAAGGGCUCUUAAGCAUCAAGGAUGGGCCACAGGGUCAUGACUGGUACUUAUUAUCUCUGAGGUCUGUAACAUGAGUCUGCAUGGGGUGGCUGAACUCAAUGGAGUUGGCAGGAGGUUAUGUUUAGGUGCAUUAUCAUAGAACCCAAACUGAUAUAAGACAGAUAAAAGGAGAAACUGACAUUUUUACAAUACACAUUAUACAUUGUCUUAUACAUAUGUUAAAAAAAACACUAUGAGUAUAUUAUGAGUACAGUGCUAAAUUGGUAAUGUUCUGUUGGUGUAGUUCAUUUUCACACCGCUCUUCAGUUUUUUUUUUAGAUAAUCAUAAAUAACACAUUUAGCAGAAAAAUACAUUUGUGGGGUAUUUUAGCAAGCUACAGGGUCAUUGUGCUGCCAUCCUGUUAGAA